AUGUUGUCCCAGGUGCGGUGCUACCGGCGCGGCUUGGCUCUCCCCAGGCUAACGAGGCCUGUCUCCGGCCCGGCACUUGCUCGGUCACAUCCUCGACACUUUCGAUCGACCGUGGCUGCAUCUUCCGUGCUGUCAAGGGCACAAGAUGGCCAAGCGACCCCUCGGGGAGCCGCCUCGCACAGCGUUAGCCGUGAACCCAGACGGGGGUUGGCCACUGCCAUCGAUGGCUACCCACUACCCGGAGCCGACCCGGGCAAGCCCAUGCCUUCGGCGUCCUUCUCUGGCCCCGGCUCUACCACGGCCUCGGCCCCUCGCUCCUACGAUCUACGGCCCUUUGAUGUAUCCUCGGUCCUCAUCUUACGCGACCAGCACAAAAACCCCAAAGUUGCCAGGAGGCGCAGCGUGAGGAACGUUAGCGGCGAUGUCGAGGAGCUUCUGUCCAUGUUCGACGCCUGCCUGCGGAUCGGCAAGCUGGAGCGUGCCAGCAUCAUGCUUGCCCGCAUCACUUCAGACUUCCCCAUAAUCGCGAGGUCCGACAUCAUGGACCUGCACAACGACUACCUACACCGCGCCAUCGAGCUUCUGAUGGAGAGCCCUAGCAUGACCAAGGCUGACGCCAUACACGACUGGUACGAGCUCAACUUGCGGGCAGUCGAGCCCGCGCUUAAGCAGACCCCCGAGACCAUUGCGUACAUGCUCAAGGCAUGCCUCAUAUCGUCCCCAACCAGGGACGGAAGAUUAAACAGGCUAGUUUCGCGAUACAUGGCCAUGGCACCCGGCACCGUUGGCCUCGAGGUUUUAUACAUGACCGAUAUCCUGACGGACACGGAUCGUGCGAGGAUCACCGAGAUUUGCCCGACAUACAACCUUGCAAUAGCAGAAAGCGCCAAACCGGUAGAGGAAAGAGAGGCAGCCUCGGCCGAGGAUUCAGCGGCAUCUGUGGAAGCCCCCGUAUCAUCCAUGACUUCUCCAGGACCCUCGAGCUAUCCCGAGGUCUUGAGCACCCCACAAAAGGGCAGCGGUCUCAAAACCCUGAAACAAACACUUAGCCUUUUUCGCGAGAUCCCAGCCGGCAUCGACAUCGACACACUCACCCAGCCCCAGCGCCGAGAGAUCCAGGCCCGUCUGGAAAGGGAUGCUGUGGACGCUGCCAUUGAGCGCUGGCGUGACGAUAACCAAGCGUUGCAGAAAAUGGGCUUGAGCACAUCCAUCUCAAGCGCCUCUCUGAACUCGCGCCUGUACGACUGGCAGCGCGCGCUCGAGGCCCGCCUCAAGCUCGAGUUCACCGAGUUCGACGCGCUGGACAAGGCUGGCUUGGGCGAAAAGGUGCGCGGCGAGAAUGCGGAGCGUGCCGUCUAUGGCCCGUUCCUGCAGCUCUCCACACCGUCUCGUCUUGCGGCCCUGACCAUCCUCGCCGUACUGUCCGGCGUCUCGGGCAACGGUGUCGACGUUGGCGUCCCGCUGUACAGCCUGGUCAAGACCCUGGGCUCAGCGGCCGAGGAGGACGUCAGGACCCAGCGUCGCGACGAGGCUGAGGCCAAGAAACGGAAGGCAUUCACAAAGGCCGCCAAACUCAAAGCGUCGCAAUCAAAAGCCGAGCCCAAAGAAGAGUUGCAGGGAGAGCCACAGCAAGAGUUGCAGCCCCAGCAGCAGCAGCAGCCCCAGCAGCGGGGGCGGGAGCAGCCAGAACCAGAGUACAUGGCUCGUCCGGACAUCUCGCCAGAGUUGCAGGACGGAGACUGGAAUGAGUCCGUAGGGGAGCCCACGGCGCGGGUCGAAGCUCUUUACUCUCAAGACCCUUCCGCGGAGCGUUGGCCUGUUGGGAUCAAGUACCAGGUGGGGGCUGCGCUGCUCCAGGCCAUCAUCCAGACAGCGACCAUCACAGUGGUCAAGGAGCAUCCGGAGACGGGCUCGCUUGUCUCCGAGUCUCAGCCCGCCUUUGUUCAUAAUCAGCAGUACAAGAGGGGAAAAAAGGUCGGAGUGCUUGUCGUCAACAAGACCCUCGUGGAGAUGCUGAAGAGGGAGCCCCGGGCUGACUUCCUUGCACGCCAUCUCCCCAUGGUGUGUGAGCCCGAGCCCUGGACCCGGUUCGACAGGGGGGGCUUUAUCGAGAGCCCGGCUCAAAUGGUCCGGGUCAAGCCGGGCGAAAGGGAUCAAAAGAUUUACGCCGAGGCCGCCAUUGAAAACGGCCACAUGGAGCAGAUCAUGAAGGGGCUUGACUCUCUCGGUAAGACGGCCUGGAAGAUCAACAAAAACGUGUUCGGGGUGAUGCUGGACGUGUGGAACUCGGGCGAGGCCCUGGCCAACAUCCCUCCUCUCGAUCCCAAGAUCCCGGUGCCUGAGGAGCCCGUUGCGACCGAAGACCCCGUUGCGCGGCGGAAGUGGCUCAACGCGGUCAAGAUGGCCGAAAACCUCAAGUCCUCGCUACACGGCGUGCGUUGCUUCAUGAACUUUCAGCUCGAGAUUGCCAGAGCCGUCAGAGACCAGACCAUUUAUUUCCCGCACAACGUCGACUUUCGGGGCAGAGCCUACCCCCUGCCGACCUACUUCAACCACAUGGGAGCCGACCAUGUGCGCGGCCUUAUGCUCUUCGCCAAGGGCAAGGAGCUUGGAGAGGAAGGCUUCAGGUGGCUCAAGGUCCACCUCGCCAACGUGUUCGGUUUCGACAAGGCGAGCUUACGGGAGCGGGAAAAGUUCGCCAUGGAGAACCUCGAAAACAUUAUGGACUCGGCAACCAACCCGCUGACGGGCCGGCGGUGGUGGCUGAAGGGCGAAGACCCCUGGCAGUGCCUAGCCACCUGUUACGAGCUCAAGGCCGCGUUCGAGUCUCCCGACGCGACCAAGUUUAUCUCGCAUCUACCGGUCCACCAGGAUGGCACGUGCAACGGGCUCCAGCACUACGCGGCUCUUGGCGGUGACGAGUGGGGCGCGCGCCAGGUCAACCUGGAGCCGGGAGAGCGGCCGGCAGACGUCUAUUCGGCUGUGGCAGACUUGGUCAGCGAGGACUUGGCAAGGGACGCCGAGGCGGGCAACUUCAUGGCAAAGGCGCUCAAUGGAAAAAUCAAGCGCAAGGUGGUCAAGCAGACCGUCAUGACAAACGUCUACGGCGUCACCUUCGCUGGAGCCAAGAAGCAGGUCCAGAAGCAGCUCGACGCCCUCUACCCCGACCUCGCCGAGCAGGCGGGCGUGGAACCGGUUGUCCUGUCGUCUUACAUCGCCAUGAAGAUCUUUUCCGCACUCUCGCAGAUGUUCAGCGGCGCACACGAGAUCCAGACAUGGCUCGGCGAGAUCGGCGGCCGUGUGUGCCGCGCCAUAACCCCGGAGCAGUUGAAGCAGCUGGCGGCUCAGUUUCCCGAGGAGCAGCUUAUGACAGGUGACGGCAGGUCCAAGACAAAGGCGGCAAAGGGGGUCAAAACGGCAAAAGGAGAUAAAGCAGCCAAGGGAGAUGCAACGGCCAAGGGAAAGAAGAAGAAGGCGCCUACCACGGAUGAUCUUCUCAGCCACUUCCGCUCGACCAUCGUCUGGACCACGCCGCUGCGCAUGCCCGUAGUGCAGCCGUACAGGCACACGGGCGUGCGUUUGAUCAGCACGUGCCUGCAGACGUUGGCGCUCAAGACGCCCGAGGCCUCGGACCCGGUAAACCGUCGGAAGCAGCUCCAGGCCUUCCCGCCCAACUUCAUCCACUCGCUCGACGCCAGCCACAUGAUGCUGUCGGCUCUCGAGUGUGGCGAGAUGGGCUUGACGUUUGCCGCCGUGCACGACUCGUUCUGGACGCACGCCACCGACGUCGGGCGCAUGAGCCGCGUCCUGCGCGACGCCUUUGUCCGCAUCCACACGGAGGACGUCAUUGCCCGCCUGGCUGCCGAGUUCGAGACCCGCUAUGCCGGGUCCGUCUACAUGGCCAAGAUCAAGUUCGGAUCCCCGGGGACUCCCCAGAUUUGGUCGUGGCGGAAAAAGACGGGCUUUAGCCUCGUGGAGGAGCUCAUGCUUGAAAAGAAGCGACAAGAGCUUCUGAGAUCAGAAGAUCCGGCCGAGGUGGCCAAGGGCUUGGCCAUGGAGACGCCGAGCUCCAUCUUGGAGGCGGAGACGGCCGUCGAAGAGGUGACGGAGAAGGAGGAUGUCGAGCAGUUCUCGCUAGGCAAGGUCCCCGAGGCCGAGCAUGCCCAGAUGGAGAAGGACAUGCUCAAGGCUCAGAAGGACUCCGAGAAGGCCUCUGUUGCCGACCCCGAGAGCGAUGUCGGCGACUCUACCGAAGAGGGGCCCACCGAGGGGACCCACGUCGAGGCCGGCGGCGACACGGUGGAAGAUGGGAUGGGGCGCAUACAGGCGCUCCUGGGAACCAGUGGAUUUGACGUUGCAAUGCACCCUCAGAACUUCCCCGAGAAGAAGAGGUCUGACAGUGCGAAAGAGACCAUCCUCUGGAUGCCCCUGACAUUCCCCCCGCUCCCCAAGAAGGGAAACUUUGACGUCAACCGACUCAAGGGCAGUGACUACUUUUUCUCUUGA